GUUUCUUGGCAGCUGUUCUAACAUGACGCACGAGAGCAUGCUGUGCUGGUACGUGCAACUUCAGAUCAUAAUAGCAUUUGCACUGCAGGGCUGACCGGAUUUCAAUUACGACCAUGUUGGCUGACUGGCUGCGACCCUCUUCUACGACGCACGAGAGCAUGCUGUCCUGGCGCGCGCAAGUUCAGAUCACAAUGUUCGCGCUGCACGGCUGACCAGAUUUCAGUUAUGACCGUGUUGGCUGACUGGCUGAGACCGUGGGUUCCCCUCUCUCUUUUUUCUGCCAGCCGCAAGACAGAGUUCUUCGGUGCUGUCAGAUUACGCCCUGUUUCCUUCCAGAAACCGUGCAGCCUUCUUGAUAUAUACCCGCUUGCGUCUGUGCUCGUCUGCGCCCCGGAGUGGUGAAGGCGUGGAAGCCGUCGAAGGAUGCUUCAGCUGACAUCUGAUCACUUUCCCAUAUUCGUGCCGCUCGGAGUCAUAGGAUUCUACCGCUACCUCUGGUACCUCAUCCGCAUCGCUGCCUGGUCCACCUACCGCCCCAUCCCGCUCCCCGAAAAUCCCACCUACGUCGCCUCAGAAGAUGUCACCAUCAUCGUGCCCACCAUCGACGCCGGCGAGGAGUUCAUCGAAGCCGCACACACCUGGCUCGCCGGCAACCCGAAGGAAAUCCUCAUCAUCACCGAGGAGCGCAUGCGCGGCCCGCUGCAGGCCCUCGCGGAUGCGGUCGACCCCGCGCACAUCCGCGUGCUCACCGUGCCGUAUGCUAACAAGCGCCUCCAGAUGGCGCAUGGCAUCCACCAUGCGACGACGGACAUCAUCGUGUUCGCGGACGACGACGCGCUUUGGCCGUCGACGCUCCUCCCGUACGUCCUCGCGUGCUUUGAGGACCAGCGCAUCGGCGGCGUUGGCACCGCGCAGCGCGUGACGCCCGUGCGAGAGCGCAUGACGGUCUGGGAGGUCCUCGCCGCAUUUCGCCUGUCCAUACGCAAUAUCGAAAUCGCUGCGUCGACACAUAUCGACGGCGGGAUCCCCUGUCUGUCUGGGCGCACCGCUGCGUAUCGUACUGUUAUUUUAAAGGACCCCGGGUUCCUGCAUGGCUUCACGCACGACUACUGGCUGGGGAAGUACCAGCUCAACUCGGGCGACGACAAGUUCUUGACGCGGUGGAUGGUGAGCCAUGGCUGGGACACUUACGUGCAGUGCUGUAGGGAGGCAGAGCUGCUGAGCACGAUGAAGCCGAAUUGGAGGUUCCUGAAGCAGGUUCUGCGCUGGACGAGGAAUACUUGGCGGUCGGACCUGCGCUCGCUGUUCAUGGAGCGGCAUAUAUGGACGGCGCAUCCUUAUGUUGCAUAUACAAUGGUCGACAAGCUGGUUAACCCAUUCACCCUCCUCGCCGGACCUUGCCUGGUAGCCUAUGUCACGUAUAAGAGCACCAUCCCGGUUGAUAGCGGAGGAUAUCACCUGCCACCAUGGAACGUCGUCCUCAGCUACCUCGCAUGGCUGCUCGCCACACGCACUGCGAAGCUGCUCCCGCACCUAUGGUACCGCCCGCAAGACAUCAUCUACGUUCCCGCGUUCAUCAUCUUCGGAUACUACUUUGCUAUCAUGAAGAUUUACGCGCUCCUAACGCUGCACGAGACCGGCUGGGGCACCCGCGCAGGCAUCGGCGAUCCUACUGCGGCUACCGCCGCUGUUGACACUCAGACAAACGCGAACACUCCUGGGUGUGCGGAGAAGGAGAAGCGGCGAGAUCCUCCACCGUCUGAGUUCCCUUUUCCUCCGGUCUAAGAACGCGAGUGGAAUAUCGACGUCACUGGCACGGCUUCCUAUACGUCUCGUCAUAAUUUCUGGUACACUUUGAUCGUUACUGCUAGACUCAUAUGCGUUAUCUGUCGCUCGUCCACUCGUCACG